AUACCGUCUAGUUCCAGAUAGUCUGGCCGCGGUCCGGUGCAGGACCGCAUGAACCCGGUCCGAACCUGAACCGAACCCGCAGGUCCAGGUGCGGUUCAGGUUCAGGUUCAGCACAACCACCGAGGUCCAGGUGCGGGGUUCAGCCUGGCCGAAAUUUGCGCACCGGGUUCGAACCUGCUGAACCUCCAAAUAGUUCGUGCAAAUUUCGCAAGUGUACAGGUGAGUUUAUAAAUCUAAAUUUCCCCUCGCAAUACUACCUAAUACAGAGAAUCGUGGUCUCAUUUUGGGGUAACUAUAUAGUCGGGCAAUAUAAGGUUCAAGCCACCACGUUCAGCACUGUAAUUACGUCUUUGCAAGAAAUUUGAGCAAAUCGAGUACGCCCGAGUACGCCCGUCGCCUAGUGCCAAUAAUCCGGCCAUGGGUCGAGAAGUUGACGAAACAUUGAUCCUUCCAGAGAACACGAAGCGUCGUGUCCAGGUUGCAGCAAAGCUUAUCGACGCGAACAAUGACGCCGAAGAUGCACGGAGUAUGAAGACCUUUCUCGGAGUAGAAGGAAAUGUCCAGUCUGGUGUUGAAGAUCGUACUGACGUACCAAAGGAUUAUGACAAGCCAGACGGCGACGCUGUUAAUCCUGAUGGCACUCUGAAGACGGCAGACCAAAUUGUAUGGGACCAUUCCCCGACAUCCUCCCCGGUCCCGAAGCGAAAGAUCAAUAUCGACGAGCCUAAUAAAGAGAGCACCAGUAAGAAGCAGAAGACGCAUGCUGCCCCCAAGCCAGCGACUACGGCUGAUACUGCCACCAACGAUACAGGCAGCGGUGAAGAGUCAGAGAUGGAAGAAGGAGAGAAACGGUACUGGCAGAUCAAAUCAAAUGGAGGUGAAGUACGUAUGAAAUUCUGCCGUAACAUCACACUAAACUUAGUCCAGACCCGAACGAAACGCACGCGGAGUGCCGAGACUGCGGAUUUACGCCUCUGCUUCCGUCCAGAUGUACGGAAAGUUGACGGCGAGAUGAAAGCCGGCCAUUAUUGCUUGCUAUGCAUCGAAAAUGGGGUAAAAGAGAGUACGGCAUUCAUGACCGGCAACGUUAGUGCUAGACGCAAGCACAUUACCCGCUAAUCCGCAAGAACUCGGCUUCAGUUCCUUCCGAGCCGGCGAGCCCAACAGCAGAGCUUGAGGAAUUCAUGUAUAGCAAGCCAGUGAACCGGGCAUUG